AUGCCCGGUCCCCACGGUUUCAGUGGAACCAAGAACAAUGGCCUGUUCGUCCUACGAAUCCACGCAGAGCAGCGUCUCAUCCUGACCAAUACCUGCUUUCGCCUUCCGCUUCAGUACAAAGCGACUCGGAUGCAUCCGCAGUCCCGGCAGUGGCAUCUCCUGGACUAUGCCCCGUCAGGCGGUGUGACCAACAGGACGUACUGGUGA